UGAACUGUGUUUGGAAAUACACUCUUACCACUAAAAUACUGUUACUACUAUGAUCUGUACUUUCUUUAUGAGCUAUUUAUGUGUAGUUUCGGAUUAAAGCGUUUGCUAAAUGAAGACUAUGCAAGUUGAUUUAUCAACAGCUACCGAGUGACGAACAGGAAGGACAAUCCUACCAGCUGGAACCGACAGGCUCCUCUGAAGAGAGAAGAUGAGCGACGUGUCUGAUGAGGAUAAUGAGAUCUCGUUCUCUGUGAAGUUCCUAGGGCGUGUGGAGGUGUUCCGACCGGAUGGAAUGCAGAUCCUGACUGAGGCGUGGCACAGCCUGACGACUCCAGAGAGAGAUUCCACUGAGAAACUGCAGAAGAAGAGUAAGGUGUGUCUGUUCCUGUCUGGGAGCAGCAUCGACAUCCUGGAGCACAAAUCCAAGUUCAUGCUGUAUACAUGCCCCCUCCCCUCUGUCUCCUUCUGUGGCGUCCUCCCCUCCUCCCCCAAAGUGUUGGGUUUCGUGGCCAGACACCCAGCAGCACACUCCUACCACUGCUACCUUCUCCAGAGCAGCAAGUUUACCCCCCUGCUGGUGUCCGUCAUAGGAGAUGCCUUCCUGGCCUCCCGGAGGAGGCAGAGCAUACCGGGGGGGCGGGACCUGGUUGUGGAGGCCCUAAGACACAAGAACAAGGUCCUCCAGAGGGAGAACGCUGAGCUGAAGAAGAGACUGGCAGCACAAACAGGAGAGGCCCAAUGAGGAAGAUGAUGAUUCAAGGCAGAAGAAGAUAUAGUCAUGUGACUGAAUA